UGCCGAGCCGAACGACGCUGAUGUAAGCCAGAGUGAGGCAAAUUGAACCGAGCUAAGCUGUGUUGAGCCAAACGGAUGCGAGCCGGGAGCUAGUGCGAGCUGAGCCCAGUGACUUGAGUCGGGUCAGGCCGAGUGAAACUGAACUGAGUCGUGCUGAAGGGAUUGGAGUUAAUGCGACCGCGCCCCUGCAUUGCUGCCCUCGCUCGGCUGAGAGCGGCGGCGGCUGCCGCCUGUCAGUCAUUCACUCAGGGGCGCCGAGCCGGGCACGCCGCUCCAGACUCUGCUUACCCCAAACUACUUUGCACUCGCCAACUAUGGACGCGUUAAAAUCGGCUGGCAGAGCGCUGAUCCGGAGCCCCAGUAUUAGCCGACACAGCUGGGGCUUGGUCAGGCACCACAAGUUGUCAGAAAACUGGACUGACACAAAAGAAACCUUACAAGAAGGGAUGGCCUUUCACCUUAAAUACCUUGGUGUGACGGCAGUGGACCAGCCUAAAGGGGAAGGGAUGGCGGCUGCAGCCAUUAGGCGGAUAAUUACUGUGGCCAAGGCAAGUGGAAAGAAAUUCCUCAAAGUUACCCUGACUGUUUCACCUCGAGGGAUAAUGUUGGAAGACACAAUAACCAAUGAACUUAUAGAAAAUGUCUCCAUCUACAGAAUAUCAUACUGCACUGCAGACAAGACUCAGGACAAGGUAUUUGCAUAUAUUGCUCAGAGCCAGCUAAAUGAGACAUUGGAAUGUCAUGCAUUUCUGUGUCCGAAGAAAAAAAUUGCACAAGCUGUGACCUUAACGGUUGCUCAGGCCUUCAGAGUUGCGUUUGACCUUUGGGAAGUAGCACAAGAGGAAAAAUGUAAAAAGACUCGUGAGCUAUGUAACAGUCCUGAAACCUCAGCCCUUAAUGGAGCAACACGAUAUGUAGAGCCAGAUGCAACCACAGCAAAGGAUCAUACAAUAAACCAAGUCCAGAAUCCAUUUAUUUCACAAGCCGAAAUUCAUCUCGGUAUCACAAGGCAAAGCAGUCCAUCCUGUGGAUCCCCUUCACACACUCUCUCUUGGGCAAAGGACGACGGUCUUGAUGAUGCCUUUUCAAGACUUGCUGAGUCUCGAACAAACAAACAGUGCAAGAAUAUCUCCGAUUUUCAGGAUUCUCAGGUAAAGAAGACGCACCUAUCUGCCACGGACACUAGCAAAGUGCACUCAUCCCUUACAGACUUAAGCACAGGAGACUCGUCACCAUGCCUCUCAGUUCAGGCAGAACUGCCACUCUCCCAUUGACUUGAAUGUCAUUCUACUUACAGUAAAUUGGGCUUGGUUUUAGAAUACAAGAGGGAAGAGCUGGAGGGAAAUGUACUGCUUCAGUGUGCUGGAAAAUAAGCAGCUUUUUCUAAUUCAUUUUGAUGCCUUAACAAUAACUAACCAGAUUUGUUUUUUUUUAAAAAAAGUGUGCUUAGUUUUGACCCUAUAUUUACAUGCAGCAACUGCAUUCACUUUUUCAACAACCAUAUUAGUGAUUGAUUGAAUGACAUUUCAGUAGCUUGUGAAAAACUGCUGAAAAAGGCAGAGGAUGGGGGCAGUAUUACAAAAUAUAAACAAUGGCUUUUCCACCUCUAUCUGGCAGAGUGCAUGAGGGGCAGACACGUGGCUGUGUUGCACAUGGUCAAACAAAGUGGAAAUUUCCAAAUAGGAUUCCCAUUUAUUGUGACUAGUCAGCAAUUUCACAAGUGGUAGUCAAAGAAGUGCAGCCUUAGUUGCUUAACAGCUGCUAUAUGUGAUCGGGUUACUGUUGGCCUGAGGAGAGCAGGGCGAAAGCCUGAUGGAAACCCAGAUGCACCACUAUUUUUCCCUUUGAUCUGCUGCUACUGUUAGUAAUGAGAAAUUUCUAGUCAUAAAAUUUCUUUUGCAUGCCUACCAUUUUUAUGCUCUGGAAACAAAGACUGAUAGACUUCAUUCAAAUACAAAUUGGAUAUAUUUAUGACAUCUUUCAAGUAGAGAGUGGGAGAAAGGCAACUUACAUUUAUUUCCCAAAGCUUUGCACCAUUGGGGUUUAUCUUGUGUCAUUUCUGAGUCAGUUGUAGAUUUAAUGGAGAGAUAUUUUGCUUUAGUCAGUCAACAAUUCUGUUAGAUUCUGAUGCAGGUGAAUGUAUGAUUCUACUAACCAAGUUUACUGGGCUGAUAGUUAUUAUACAAUUACUGGCAUGACUGGAACAGAAACUGCUAAUUUUAUGGUAAACUGUUUACCUCUAGUGUCAUUGACAAUUAAUCUACCACCUCCUAUUGUACUGAAAAAGAAACAGCCACUACAAUGCAUUCCUGCACAAAAAUAUGCAGGAUUCAGCACUAACAACCCUUGACUAGAAGCUAGCUAUGAGAUUGUCCACUGCUGUUUCCACCUACUGCUAUACAAAUUGAAUUAUCAAUCUACAAGUUCAAUAUGAUUUUGGCUGCAGAUUGAUUAUCAAUAUUUUGGAAUGUUUGAAAUAAUUGUGGUAGCUUUUGUUGAAGAUGAAUGUAGUUUUGAGACUGUAAACAAGUCUUUUCAUUUGAUUUUACUUUGAAUGAUAUGCAUUUCUUUAUCAGAAUGUGUAUAUUUCUCAAACUCAUACUUUAAUAUCAUUAUUGAUGGUUAAACAAAGAAUAGUUACAGAAAAUUGGUGUUAAGUUUGUACCUGUUGGACUUAUCAUUGGAGAAUGAUGUGUACAUUGUGCUAUGCUGUGCAUCUGUGGGGGAAAAAGUGAAUUGUUAUAAAUAUGCUGGUACAAAGAGGGUCCAUCAUUGGAGACAAUAUGGUUUGAGUCACUUUUAAAAGUAUAAAUUUUUAUCAUGUUUUAAUCUAAUUUUCACAGUGCAGCAUGCUCUCAAAUCUGUUUGUGAAGUAUUGUGAUCACUCAUACAAUGCCACAAUACUGAAAUAUUAUAGUUUGAAAAUAAUCAGGAAGUUAUUUCUCUGCAUGCAAGUGUUAUUCAAAACUAAAUAUUUCAACUUUGAUAGCUUUGUAGUAUCUUCACGUUAAAGAUUUUUGCCACAUUCAAGAUUGAAAGUUUUCAAUACCAUAUCAGAGUGAAUCUAGAUCACAAAAGGACUGAUCUUUGAUCAAUGUAAAAGAUUUAAAUUUAAGAAAAUUAUUUCUGGAUGGGAAGGAUCCAAAGACACAAGCUUCACCUGGACAUAUUAUUGCAUAAUACAUUAUUCCAGAUAACAGCACUUGUGGUUCCCUUUGAAUUAUAACUGAAAAUGCUGCAGAUUUUUUUUUAAACCAGCAACAACUUUGAAGAAUGCUACUUUUACAAUUAAUGUUCAAUAACAAAUCAACAUUAGUGCAAUGCCAUGUCUUUUUGUUAAACUCAUUUUGUUUUACUACAGUUGACAGACCUAUAUUAGUACAAAAUAUUUUGACCCACCUUCAUUGUAUUUAAUUGAUAUUGUGUGGUGGAUUCUGCCUGACCUUGGCACUGUGGGUUUUGGUGCUUUAUACUGGUGCACUGAAAAUGCUGGCAGCAGUGACUUACUUGUUUAAAGAGCAACUGAAUGGGAUUGGUGCAGAAUACUGGAUAUAAUUUAAUAUAAAAUGAAAUAAUUUAUUGUUGUUAUGGAUCUUACUGACAAAAUGUGAUAUAAUUUAUAUUACCAUAAUAGAAUUCUUAAUUUCCAGAUGAAUUAGUACUGAUUGGAUUAUUUGGGGUUGACCUGUGCCAUUUAAAAGGAAAAAUAAAUCUUAAAAUGUUAACAUUAGGUUUGUUUAUAGUCUUACAUUAAUUCAAAUCAAGCAGCUGUUCUUUGAAAUAAUUGAGUGGAGGUAGAAAUUAAGACAGUUAAUAAUUUUAGCAGAAGGAUGUUUGCACUUGAUUGUUGCUAUGCAAACAAUGCUUAUUCUGAGUGCAGUAUAUGUAAACACUGUUAUACAGCAUUUAGUUUGGACUACAGUCUCUUUCUCUCCCCCCCCCCCCCCCCC